AUGCGCUUUUUCCUUUCUUUUUGUGUUUUUUCUCAGCGCACGGUGAAGUAUCCAUCAAACCCCUACCUCCAAUUUACAUUACCUAUACUUCUUCUCGGAUAUACUGGUCGUUUCGUACGUCCAAUCGUGUGCCUAGUGCCUGCCGAAAGCGACAGCAAUAGCGCCUACAGCGCCGGUGCGGUCGCUGCACGGAGACAGAACGGCGUUGCUGUACCACAGAGCGCGUCGGCUCGAGGAUUGAUCCGUGGGGCGCGCGGGAGCGCGUCUUCCGUUGACGCCACUCUACUUGGGAGCCGCGCUCGGCAGGUGCACCCCUGGAGAGCGAGCUCAGCCAUGGGUAGCGAACUUGAGACUGGACACGCGGACCGGAGCACAAGUCGCUCUGAUGAUGGGCCAACGCCGACCCAAGGUUCUUUUGAACCUGGGGAAGAACCUUCGGAGCUACACCGUUCGCGCACGGAGGCCACGACGCCUCCGAAUCGCUCGCGCCUCCGCCAGAUUCUCUGCGAAGAGCCUUCCACCGAACUGGUUCACUCGUGGAUUGGUCCAUCUGAUGAAGUGGAACAGAAAGGAACGCCGCGGAGCGUCCCAAAAACUGAAACGAAGCUUUUGACACGAACAGCUUACUCGGAACUGCGGAGAAACCUAAAAUCGGAACGGCUCAAUCGUAGGCUUUUCAUGAAAGAACUUGACGAGGCCGUUACUGAUUUUGAGCGGACCGAAAUUAUUCUGCGUUCACAAGAGCGCGAGCUUCACCAGGGUCUAGCUCUCCUGAACCAUCAGGCAAGUGGGUCAGCCGAGGCGAGUGCCGCCCCGAGUCCGAACAGACCGAGCCCUGAAAUUGUACAGGGCAGUUCGGUACUUCGGCGACGGAGACUGACGCCUGCGCGGGAACGCAGUUCAGGUUUAGACCCUGGCCUGGCAGCUCUGAGGCUCGAUGCCGCUGAUGUUGAAAUUGAAAAGCUCGGGGCCGAAACGAAAGCAAUUUUCCUACAAACGCAGCAGGUCUCGGCGUCACUUGCACAGAUGGCCCAAGUGUUGGGGACGCUGCUCAAUUCAAUGAACGAUUUGAAUCGAAGAGAACCGCUCGACGAAACUCGUUCUAGUCAGGGACACGCUCCGGCUGACGUGCACGAAACCAGCACGGAGCGUCGCACGGAAUCGGGUGCGCAGACCUAUCCGGCUUCGUUCUGGAAGGAACCAGCAUGCAGUCAGCAGCACGUUUGCCAAUCGAAGAGAACGAGCAUGAGCGCGCUGCUUAAGGUCGGUGGUGCUCUCACUGUGCUAUCUGUUCCUGUCUAUCUGUUGGUGCUCUGGUUGCUCUUUGAAGAAAUGACGUACUGGCUCGUGUAG